AUGGCUAACACUCCCAAACUCCUCCUCCUCAUUACUCCUAUAACAAUAUUACUCUCUCUCUCUACUCUCUUCUCCCUCUCCCUAUCUCAACCCUUGGAAUUCUCGUACAACGGCUUCAACUCCUCAAACCUCGUCCUAACCGGAGCCACCGUGCUCAAACCGAGCGGUGCCCUUCGCCUCACCAACAAAUCACAAAACAUCAUAGGCCACGCGUUUUACCCUACACCAAUCCCCAUGUUUACCAGCAUCAGCAACAGCAACAACAACAACGUCUCAUCAUUUAGCACUUACUUUGUAUUCCAAAUAUCUCCAUCUCGCCCAAACAACGGAGGCUACGGCUUCGCGUUCGUCCUCUCCCCCCGCCCGGAGUUCGACGACCCGUCCCCCGGCCACCUCCUCGGCGUGUUCAACCCGUCUAAUGACCGAGACCCGUCUAACCACAUCUUCGUUGUCGAGUUCGACACGGUCAACGGCUACAACGAGGGCUCCGACUCGGAAGGCAACCACGUAGGCAUCAACGUCAACGGCAUGAACUCGACCUAUUCGAGCUCCGCACAGUAUUACGUCGACGGCACCCAAGCCCGUACGGAGGAGUUCAACUUGGAGCGGGCCGGCCCGAUCCAAGCUUGGAUCGACUACAACGGGUCUACCAACACCAUCAACCUCACCAUUUCGCCCCUCAAUGUCCCCAAACCGAUCCAACCCCUCAUCUCCGAACCCAUCGACUUGUCCUCCGUCGUGACGGAGCAGAUGUACGUCGGGUUCUCGGCUUCCACGGGAGAAAAGUCGAGCUCACAUUACAUCCUCGGGUGGAGCUUCCGGCUAAAUGGGCCCGCGGGCCCGCUCGACCUCGGUCACCUCCCGGUCGUACCGUCCGACAACUUCUCUUCCUCAAAAGGCAUCGUGAGAACGGCCCUCAUAGCCACUCUCUCGGUCGUGCUCUUCAUCCUUAUGGCUAUACUCGUCGGCACAUUAUUCUACCGCAAGUUCAUCAUGAGUUUCGAGGUGCUCGAGGAUUGGGAGCUCGAGAGCCCGCAUAGGUUCCGCCACGCGGACCUCCACAAGGCAACCGGGGGCUUCAAGGAGAGCGCGAAAAUCGGGUCCGGAGGAUUCGGGUCCGUCUACAAGGGGGUUUUGCCGUCCACCGGAAGCGAAAUCGCCGUCAAGAGAAUCAAAUCGAACAACGAACUGCAGGGGAUGAAGGAGUUUGUGGCCGAAAUCGAGAGCCUCGGCCGGCUGAGGCACAAGAACUUGGUCAACCUUCAAGGCUGGUGCAAGUACAAGAAUGACCUCCUUUUGGUCUACGACUACGUUCCGAACGGAAGCCUCGACUCGUUACUCUACGGCUCCAAAAACAUCCGCCCAACUCUAACUUGGGAACAGAGGUUCAAUAUAGUCAAAGGGGUUGCCUCGGGACUUGUGUACCUCCACGAGGAGUGGGAGAAAGUCGUGAUCCACCGCGACGUGAAGUCAAGCAAUGUUUUGAUCGACCGGGACAUGAACCCCAAGCUCGGGGACUUCGGGCUGGCCCGAUUGUACGAUCACGAGAAAACGGCCCACACCACAAACGUAGUCGGGACGAUCGGGUACAUAGCUCCCGAGCUCACCCGAACGGGCAAAGCAUCCAAGGGCACGGACGUCUUUGCGUACGGUAUCUUGCUGCUCGAGGUGGCGUGCGGGCGUGGGCCCGUCGUGUACGAGGCCGAUAGGAACGUGAUUCUGGUGGAUUGGGUCGCGGAAUGCGUGAACAGGGGGGAUUUAUUUGGUGCGGUCGAUGUUAGGUUGGGUUCCGAUUACUGUGUGGAGGAGAUGGAGCUGGUUUUGGGCCUCGGCCUGCUUUGUUCGCAUGCCCGGCCCGAAAAGAGGCCCAACAUGAGGGAGGUGGUGAAGUAUCUCAACGGGGACGAGGCUUUGCCGUUGUUCGAGAAGUUGAGCUCGGCUGCCUCGAGGAGGGUUGAUGAGAUCACGUCGAGGUUUUUGGCAUUAGGGUUGACCGAUAGUGUUGUGUUGACUUCAGCUACAACGGUGUCGUUUAGGUCGUGUUCGGUAGGUGCAAUGUCUAGUGCUUCCUUUGAUUCGGGGAGGUGA